UACCCCUUGUUCCGCACUUCCACGUUGGACACGGUCGCAAUCUCGGCAACAUGGCCGCGAAAGAGAGUAACCUUCCUGCUCUUUAUUCGGAAUUAAAUAAAUUAGGUCAGAACGGAGAGUACGAGAGAGCUAUAAAAGUUGCAAAUCGAAUUUUAGGUAUUUCUCAAGAUGAGGAAGCUGCAUUUCAUUGUAAAAUUAUUUGCUACAUUCAGUUGUCCAAAUUUAAUGAUGCUCUUCAGUUUAUUACUAAAAAUCCCAAACUAGCAGGUAACUUGGAUUUUGAGAAAGCAUAUUGUUUAUACCGGUUGAAUCAAGUACCAGAAGCUUUGAAGGUGGUAGAAAAUGUCUCAAAUCCUUCUUUAAAGCUUAAAGAACUCAAAGCUCAAAUACUGUAUCGUCUUGAGAAGUAUGAGGAAUGUUUUUCUGUAUAUAGAGAUAUCAUAAAGAAUUCCCACGAUGAAUAUGAGGAUGAAAGAGAAGCAAAUCUUGCAGCAGUUAUUGUAAAUCUAGCAAUUGAGGGUUCUGAUUUAGAAGUUCCUGUGCUACGCGAAGAUACAUAUGAAUUAACAUAUAAUACAGCAUGUCGUUUAAUUGCACAAGGCAAUAGAGGAGAUAAAAGUAUUUUAAUCGAGGCAGAGAAAAAGCUUAGAGUAGCAGAGAAAAUGUGCAAAGAAGGUUUGGAAGAAGAUGGAGUUGCAGAGGAAGAAAUAGAAGAUGAACUAGGAAUUAUUAGAGUUCAGCUUGGAUGCUGUCUACAACUCCAAGGCCGUGAAAAAGAAGCUCAAGCAUUAUACACUUCUGCUUUAAAAGCAAAACCAGAUGAUAUAGCUUUAGUAGCAGUUGCAAGCAAUAACCUUGUGUGCCUCAAUAAAGAUCAGAAUGUAUUUGAUAGUAAGAAAAGAAUGAAGAGUGCUACUCAUGAGAGCCUAGAACAUAAGUUAACUUCCGGACAAAGAAGAACUAUUGCAUAUAACCAGUGUUUAUUAGCUUUAUAUACUGAUCAGGCUGAGCAAUGUCAACAACUUUGCAAUAAACUUGCUAAGGAUUAUCCUGCAUUAGCUGCAGAUGCAAUGUUCGUAAAGGCAGUACAACUUGCUAAAGAGGGUAAAGCAAAGGAAGCAGUAAAAUUAUUAACACCAUAUGCUGUUGGAGAAAAGGAGUUACAAAUGAAACUGGUUUGUGUGCAACUUUUGUUAAGUCAGGAUGAAAGAGAAGAAGCAAUUAAUAUUCUAGAAAAUUUGAAUGAAAGAGAUAGAUCGUUACCUGGUGUAGUCAGUGCUCUUGUAACUUUGCAUAUGGCUAACAAUAAUCGUGAAAAAGCAUCAACCGCCUUGAAGAAUGCAGUAAAUUAUUACAAAAAGAAUAAAGAAACUACUGCUAAUUUGGGAGAGUUGUGGCGGCAAGCCGCCGAUUUCUACCUGCGUGCAGGGGAAGUUAAAGUGGCAGCUGAUAUUUUACAAGAAAUGGUAGAUGCAUCGCCUUCUGAUACUAAAACAUUAGCACAAUUAGUAGUAGCGUACGUGCAGUUCUGUCCUGAGAAAGCACAGCUCCUAUCUAAGCGCUUACCACCUCUUCACGACCUCUCUGAAAGAACCGAUGUCGAUGCUUUGGAGAGUAGUAACUGGAUAAUCGGUACCAAAGUGAUUAAGAAAAAAAUAGAACCAUCUCCUGGCAAACCUGCUGUUGAUGUAACCCAAAAGAAACGUAAAAAACGCAAACGUAAAGGAAAAUUGCCCAAGAACUACGAUCCAAAUAUUCCACCUGAUCCUGAACGAUGGUUACCCAGGCACGAACGUAGUGGAUUCCGAAAGAAACGGGAUAGAAGAAACCGCGAUGCCGCUAUGAAGGGCACCCAAGGCGCUGCUGCAGGAGCCAGCGAUCUUUAUGACAUUACUAAAAUGCCUACGAAUACUAAACCUUCUCCUAAUCCACGACACAGCCCGGCGGUUGAAACUUCUGGACCGCGACAACAACAACGGAAAGUUCAACAGAAAAAGAAAAAGAAGGGAGGAAAAUGGUAAUGACAAAUGUUUAUCGUCACGUUGAAUUUGGUUGAAUUAUCAUGUACGAAAUAUACAGCAUAGUUAAUAGUGCUACGUCAAUCGAUAACCGAGGGAUAUCAAGUCUAAUGAAUCGAGUAACUUUUCUAGUUAUACAUACAUUUUUUACCAUUGUACAUAUGUACUGUACAUGAUACUGCCAUUUUAAAAGAAACAUAAUAUACAUCAGUUUGUUCAAUUAAACAAAAACUUUAUGUUUCUGAAUUUGUUAGUAAGCUAAGAAUAAGUAAAAAUAUAUGAAGAAAAUAUGGUACAUAAAA